UUUUGAAUUAAAAGCGAGCGUCGCAUCAUCGAGCACUUUAAUACGAACAGAUCGAGCUCGAUUUGAAUCCGAAAUCGGUUAAAACUUGACAAAAUGAUUUUCGAAAAGGUGAAAAAGUUUUGCAUUGUUUUCGACUCGCCUGACGUUGAUUCUCCGCCGGUGUUCAGCAGUGGAGAUGUUGUGUCUGGAAGAGUGGUGCUGGAACUGUCUGCACAAACUAAAGUGCAGUCGGUAAAACUCCACGCAGAAGGAUAUGCUAAAGUACACUGGACUGAGUCUCGCAGUGCAGGAUCCAGCACGACUUACACCCAGAACUACAGCGACGAAGUGGAGUAUCUUAACCGAAGAGAAGUGCUGCUGCAGGCAGAAAAUGGGGAACUGACAACCCUUAAUGCUGGUAGACAUGAAUACCCCUUCAGUUUUCAGCUUCCUGAGGACACAUUGGUGACUUCUUUUGAAGGCAAGCACGGCAGCAUCCGCUACUGGGUCAAGGUGAAAUUGCACUGGCCGUGGUUCCCAGUAAGGAAAAUUAAAAAAGAGUUUACGGUUAUUGAGCCCAUUGAUAUCAACACACCCACCCUACUUGCACCUCAGGCUGGAACCAAAGAUAAAAUGGCUCGCUUCUGGUACCACAGUUUCGGACAAGUGUCAAUCACGGCAAAGAUUGACCGCAAAGGCUACACACCAGGUGAAGUGAUCCCAGUCUUCGCAGAAUUUGACAACUCCACAUCACGAUCGGUAGUACCCAAGGCUUUCAUCACUCAAACACAGACCUUCAUCGCAAGGGGCACCAUGAAGCAGAAAAAAUCCGUUGUCGCCACACUGUGCGGAGAUGUAGUAGAAGCACGGCGUAGAGAGACCUGGAAUGGUCGAGCCAUCAAGAUUCCUCCAGUUGGUCCGUCUAUUCUUCAGUGUCGGAUCAUCAAAGUGGAAUACAUGCUCAGGGUGUGUGUUGACAUUCCUGGAACUUCAAAGCUAUCUCUGGAGCUUCCACUGGUCAUGGGGACCAUCCCUCUGCAUCCUUUUGGCAGUCGUACCUCCAGUGUCAGCAGCCAGUACAGUCUGAACCUAGAGUGGCUUCGUAUGUCUGUCCCAGAGCAGCGUGAGGCUCCUCCUGACUACAACUCGGUGGUCACUGAGGAGGAAGCAGUACAGAAUUCAGCAGCUAGCCCCCGAGAGGAGGACCUAAGCGGGGUGCUGGAGCGCUCGUUCAUGGCGUAUGUGCAGGAAUUCAGAUUCAGGCCCCCUCCUGUGUACAGUGAGGUGGACCCAAAUCCUCAAAACAUAAGGCCUCGCUGCAUGACUUGUUGAACGGCACGCCGGUUAAGCAUCACGCGGUGAUGUCCUGAUUGAAAUAAAGCAGAGAUUUGCUUUCUACCAGAUGUCCUGGUUCUCUGAGACUGGAACUUGCCCCUAGGAAUAGGUGUUCAUUGCCUACAAAUGUGCAAGGACACCAGUCAGGGGUGAGAAGGAGGCAGUGUUUCGGAUGGACUCGCGAGUCCUUGCCUUACAAGUGGGGGAAAAUGCAAGAAGUGCCAGAUGGAUUUUACCCGCUUGUGUAUCUGUCUUUAAGUCUCUGGUCAGCAUCCACUAAUGACUGAAAAACUCAUGUUAUGGAGGUGGCAGAUCAAGACUUUCAGUAGCCUUUAAAGAAGAACGUAUAACCAUGAGGAGAAAUGAUAAGGUGACUGUUCGUAUGGGUGCCUGUCCAUAUUUUGUCUUCACCAUCUGCUAGCUGGAGCAAUAAUAUUUCUAUGACAAAUGCAGACGGUAGUUAAAGUGCUUCCAACUACUUAGCUUUAUUAUUUCUAUCAUCGAAAUGAUAAGCUGUUUUGGGUUUUUGAUGAAUGUGGGUGAUUGAGCAUCCAUGUGUAGAAAUGCCUUACUAUGAGGGAUGUAACGAUACACUCAAUGAUUUGAUACAAUUUGAAAACUGUCAGAUAAUGCACAAAACAGGAGGCAGUAAUUUUAGCUGGCUUGAGAAAUGAUGCUGAUGGCAUGUUCAUGAGAUGUUAUUGUUAAAGGAAUCCAGUACACAGCUGUAUGUACACACCAAUGUUACUGAGAGUGAAAUGAACGCUCAUUUUGCUCAAGCAACUCUUUAACAUGGUGCUUUAUUUUUGCCACUGGCUUUAGUGAAUAUGCUCAUACGUAUAACAACGCUGCACGAAAAGCUGCAGUACAAAUACUUGGAACUAUCAAAAGCAUGACAUGUUUGUUCAAGCUGCCUUAUUUUGUUGUUGCGAAAGCAACAUGUUUGAGUACAGGGAUUAUGUGCAACACUGCAUAAAGCUUUGAACUAGUUUUACCACUCUGAAGUGUACUUAACAUUCCAAAGAUGUUCCAAAUGUUGAAAAACAAUGACUUCAGGUUAAAACACAAUGAAUGUAUUAUUCAUGGAAAUGAAUGUAUUUUAUAGAUUUUUUUCAUGAUAAAAGCAUAUUUUCAUAAUGAUUUUCUAAUAAAGGAAAAACUAAUCUGA